GUCCUUUAACGCAACUUUUGUUGGUGCUCUUAAAAAUCAAUUAAACAAACUCUCUCUCAUGGCGAAAACCUCCAUUGUUAAAGUUCUUGAGCACUGCAAAAUCUCUCCACCUCCAUUAUCAGACCCCAACAUUACUCUUCCCUUAACUCUUUUUGAUAUUCCUUGGCUUUUCUUUUCUCCAACUCAACCUCUCUUCUUCUAUGACUAUCAUUUCUCCACGUCUCACUUUCUAUCCACCACUCUCCCGACUCUCAAGCAAUCUCUCUCCCUCACUCUCCAACACUUCUUCCCUUUCGCGGGAAAUCUUGUCCUUUCCUCUCACACAAAUGAAAAGCCGAAGAUUGUUUGUACCGAGUUCGACUUUGUUUCACUCACCGUCGCUGAGUCUGAUGGCGAUUUCACUCAUUUAACGGGGAAUCAUCCGCGAGAUGUCACCGAGUUUCACUCUCUUGUACCGGACUUGAAAACGAGUUCAGUACGUGUUAACGAAGCUCUUCCUCUAUUUGCUGUAAAAGUCACAAUCUUUUCCACGUUUGGUUUAUGCAUUGGGUUAGCUUAUCACCAUGUUGUUGCUGAUGGGAGAACGUUCAACAAUUUCAUCAAAACGUGGGCGUCAUUUUGUAAGGAUUCUUGUUUCUUAAUGAAGUCAUUUCCAUCUUAUGAUCGUAAUGUAAUAGUUGAUCGAAAUGGGCUUGGAGAGAUCUUCUGGAAGGAGUGGUUCAAGAGGAAAGAAAUGGUUAUAGGUUCUGAAACCGAGAUAGAUUUGCCUGAAAUGGCUCGAGCCACUUUUGUAGUGAGCUUGAAUGACAUGGAGAGGAUCAAAAAAUGGAUUAUAGCUCAAUGCAAAAAGAGGAACUGGGCACAGCCGGUUCACUUAUCGCCAUAUGUACUAACUUGUUCCUUUGUAUGGGUUUGUUUGAUAAAAUCAUUCAUUCAGGACAGUAAUGAGAAAUGUUUAGCUGAGGAUCCAAGUUUUUUCGGGUUCAACGCAGGCGGGUUAAGUCGGUUGGACUAUAGCGUGCCCGCUCCAUAUUUCGGUAACUGUAUCGGGUUUGGUCGGUCCAUGACACGUGUUGGAGAGCUAUUGGGAGAAGAUGGGAUAAUUAUUGCAGCAAAUUCAUUAGGGAACACAAUAAAAAAGUUGGAUAAAGCGAUGUUUGAAGGAGCUGAAAAGUGGAUAUCAGAUUGGGAAGUGUUAUUCGGGUCGUAUCUCCAUGUUAUGGUUUGUGGGUCACCAAAGGUGGAUCUUUAUAAAACGGAUUUCGGGUGGGGCAGGCCGAAGAAAAUAGAGGAGAUUUCAAUUGAGAAAAGGAAAGCAGUUUCACUCACAGAGAGUAGAGAUUUCGAAGGCGGGAUUGAAGUUGGGAUAGCUCUACCUAAAUCUCAAAUGGAUGCUUUCAACUUUCUCUUCAAUCAAGGUCUCAAAGUGCUUCCAUGAAAAUGCUUAUUUAUUCUAUCAUUAUUUACAUAUAU